AUGUUUGGCGUGCAUGGUCACCAAACCAACGACGACGCCCAAACCAAUCACAAGUACUACAGCGCAGAUAUCAACAACGUCGACUCCGCCACGCACAACUCCAAUUCCGACGACGACACCUUGGACGAAUCCCCCAUCAACGACGACACCUUGGACGAAUCCUCCAUCAACGACAACUCCGUCAACUGGUACACCUCCGCCGACUACGACGACAAUCCCAGUAACGUCUACAUCGCCUGUUGUUGCCCUCCGCCAUACAUUAACUGGUCGCCAGCAGACGAAUCAAUUCCGCCGGCGAGUCUAUGCCAAGAAGGAUUCUCAAGACAACUGCAUUGUGGUGAUUCUACAGAUGAGGGAUCCGUUGUAUUGUUCAACGUUGUAAAAAAUCAGCCGUUUUACAAUACAUCAUAUUUGCUUGGAGAUACCUCUUUGCGAACCGUCACCAUCACAUGCAGACGAUCUGAGAGACUUUGGGCCAAUUCGGUGAACAGCAGACUCAUUGAAAAUAUCCAAUGUGCUCGACCCGUUCUAGCCGGUGCCAAUAUUUAUACAAUUAGUUCAACCGCUUAA